AUGAAAACAGGAUCCGCCAAGGGCUGGCUCAUCCAGUCCCUCGCCGAGUUCUUCGGCACGGCCAUGUUCAUGUACCUCGCCAUCGGUGGUGCUGACGCCGUCACUCAGGACCUGGGACCCGGCACCGGCUUAAUCGGCCAGGCGCUUGCCUUUGGCAUUGCCCUCCUCGUCACCUCCUGGGCCUUCUUCCGCGUCAGCGGUGCCCACUUCAACCCCGCCAUCUCACUCAGCUCCCUCAUCACCGGACACAUCUCCGUCCCAAAGUUCGUACUGUACUUUAUCGCCCAGAUCUUGGGUGCUAUGCUCGGCAUUGCCUUGGCUCGUGGAACCACCCCCAGGAUCGAGUCCAUCCAGCAAGUCAACGCCCUUAACAACUACGAAAGCAUCGCCCGCGGAUUCUUCCUCGAGUUCUUCUUGACGACGAUCCUGUGCUUUGUCUAUCAUAUGAUCGUCCACGAGAAGAACCGCUCGACCUACUUGAUGGCCAUUCCCUACGGUCUUACCCUGUUCUCUUGCCAUCUCUUCGCGACCCGCUACACCAACGCCGCCAUAAACCCCGCCCGUGCCUUCGGUACCUCGGUCGUUGCACGUUACUUCACCAGAGAGCACUGGAUCUACUGGUUCGGGUAUGUCUUUUUCCACUUUUGA